GUUUUUUUAAAACAAUAAAGUAUAAAAAUGGCAGCAAUAUUACGUGUGAAACGUAGACACGAUGAUGAACCAUUAAAUACUUUAGUGAUUUCACGUAAACGGCAAAAAACUACGGAUGAUGAAGUAGCAGAAGAAGCAUUUUCAACUUCUCUAACCACAAUUGCUAAACUUGCUGGAACUAUUGCAAAACAGGAAGAUAGUGUCGACCAUUUAAUUCAAAACUAUAGAAAAGAUGAAUUACAAACAUAUUUUAAACAACAUCCUAUAGAUAUAAUAAAUAAAGUAAGAGAAAUAACAAAACAAACUUCAGUAGAGAAUCGUUACAAAGUAAUUAAUUGUUUUCGAUCUUUGAAUAAUGUCGAAAGUUCUGAAGAGAAGGUUAUGACUGUAAUAGAUGUAGAAGAUUCAAUAUCCAUAGAAAAAAAGGAUUCUCUAGAGAAAGAUGAUAAUUAUGUAUAUGAUUUAUAUUAUGUCCAUACCGAGAAUGAUAUAUGUUUAGAUGAUAUAGCUAUACAUCCAUAUGAACAAGAAUUGGUUUAUGAUACUUAUAGAGAUGAUAGAUAUCCCGAAGAUGAACAUGAAUCCGAGGAUUCAAAUUCAGAAUCAAAUUGGAGAAAUGAUUAUCCUGAUUCUGAAAAUUAUUCUGAAAAAUCAAUCGAUGAAGAUGAUAUGAGAGAGGCUGUUAUGAAUAUGAGAUUAGAUGAGGAAUCUGAUUUAUCCGAAGAAGAUGAUUUUAUUUAUGCAGUUGAUGAAAAUGAUGUAAAUACUUAUGGUUACAAAUAUGCGAGAUACAAAGCAAGAAUAAAGGAAGAAUUGGAGGAAGAUGAGAAUCAUUUCAGUGAUUACAGUAUAUGUGUAUCUGAAGAAUCAGAUGAGGAUAAUGAUAAUUUAGAUUACGUAUCAUAAAAAAUAGUACAAUUUAAUUACAUAUAAGUCUUUUUAUACUGAAAGAAAAUAGCUAAAUAGUCAAUGACAGUUAAUGCAGUACAUUUCAUAUUAUGUAAAAUAAUUUCAGUUAGUGGAAUCAAUAUUAAAAUUGUUUUCCAAAUACAA